AUGGCGACUCCCGAUGGCGUCAACGGCAAGGCGCCGGCCACGAACGGUGCUGCAGCAGCGCCCAUCAUCAACGUGCAGCCUCCGCGACGUGAGGACCUGCAGCCUUCUUACGCCAAAGUCAUUCAGCCAGAUACGGAGGACGCCUCGCAACAUGGCUGGUACGGAAGCAUGAUCAACGGUAUCGGAGAGUGUAUGGGUACUCUGGGAGCUAUUCCAUGCUGUCUCUGCUGCCCCAACCCGUAUCAACCUGUACGACAAGGAAACGUCGGGCUCGUGACGAAAUUUGGGCGUUUUGCACGUGCUGUUGACCCAGGGCUCGUCAAAAUCAACCCUCUCUCAGAGAAGCUCCUUCAAGUCGACGUGAAGAUUCAGAUUGUAGAGGUCCCGAAGCAGAUUUGCAUGACCAAGGACAAUGUGAACCUCACCCUGACCUCAGUCGUUUACUACCACAUUACUUCGCCCCACAAGGCCGCUUUCGGCAUCGCCGACAUCCGUACCGCGCUGGUCGAGCGCACGCAAACCACUCUCCGCCACGUCAUAGGUGCACGCGUGCUCCAGGACGUGAUCGAGCGCCGUGAAGAGAUUGCACAGUCGAUUCGAGAAAUCAUCGACGAGACAGCCGCAGGAUGGGGUGCCAGCGUGGAGAGCAUGUUGAUCAAGGACCUGCUCUUCAGUCAAGAGCUACAGGACAGCUUGUCCAUGGCCGCCCAGAGCAAGCGGGCAGGUGAAGCCAAGAUCAUCCAAGCCCGUGCUGAGGUCGAAAGUGCAAAGCUCAUGCGUGAGGCAGCAGACAUUCUGUCAUCCGCUCCCGCCAUGCAGAUCCGCUACCUUGAGACUAUGGCUCAAAUGGCCAAGUCUGCCAACAGCAAGGUCAUUUUCCUACCAGCGCAGAACCAGACGGUGCAAAGUCAGAUGGCUAUCGCUGAGCAAAUGGGCGAGGGACCGUCGCGCUACCAGGACUAUGGAACCGUGAAGUCGUCGCAAAAUCAACACGAUUUUAGCGGCAAAACCGAUGGCUUCCAGGAUGCCGUCAACGCACGAGUUGUGGAGAACAUGUAA